AUGUCUCUGAAUGAGUGGUUUGUUAAUGAGUACAAAAGAUUUGGCUGUAAGCUUGAGUUUGUCACAAACAAAUCUCAAGAGGGGUUAAAUUUUUGUAGAGGCCUUGGUGGGAUUGGUGGAAUUCUUCGUUACCAGCUUCUUAUUCAUUCAUUUGAUGAGCUGUCUGAUGAUGGAGAAAAUAAUGACAUUGAAAAUUCUGAUGAUGGGGAAAGCAAUUUAAGUAUGAUGGCUGCUGAUGCUGAUGAAACUGAUAAGAACACAGGAACUGCUGAUUUCAACACUCAACUUAGUCAAUCUGAUAUGUUUGGACUUGAUGUCAAAAUCUUAAUUGUUGCUGAUGGAGGUGAAAUUAGUUUCAAGCAGCUCCCGGAUGAUGGGAAGAUAUAUGAUAGCGAAGAGCAAUCAACCACUUUUGAAGUCCCUUGCAUUAUUCCCUAG